AGGUCAUGCGAAAAAGCUACUCAAUAUUUUAAGCUUCAACGCCGAAAAGGACACGGAACUCGCGGAUUCUCGUCCUUACUAGUUGCUACAAUAGAUUCUGUGUUUGAUACGAGACCACCACCGUACAGAAUAAUCUACGAUUUCGACAAUGAAGAUAUACAUAUUUCAAUAGUUCUGGCAGUAGCAGUUGAGCAGAAAGAAAUCGAAGAGCACUGGUCUUAUAUUCAAGAAAACUUCAUUCCUGCAAUAGAUUCACUCAAAUUCGAAAAAGAUGUUCGUCGAUAUGUGACUACAAAAGUAGACAGCCUAGCAAGUGAUUCUGAAGAAGUCGUCGCUCCUUAUUCGGAAGAACUGGACUCCGUAUCAACUAGGUCGUGCCUAGAAAAGUUCCAUAAAACGUUCUCGAUUCCACCGGAUGAGAAAAUAGUCAAUUACUACAAAUGUUGUCACUGGAAAGGAAAAGUUCCUGCACAAGGUGAUCUAUUUCUAUCUGUCAAUUUUCUUUGUUUUCAUUCGUUCAUCAUGGGAAACGAGACUAAAAUCAAACUGAAAUGGACAGACAUUGUGAGGCUUGAACGAGUUACUUCAAUAUUGUUUCCCCAAAGCAUUCUCGUCGUUACUAAAGAGGAUAAAAAGUUCAGUUUUUCGAUGUUCUUGAAUUUCGAAGAAACGUUCCAACUUGCAUCACAACUUGCCAAUAUUGCCAUGAAACAGCUAAUAGAAGAAGAAGGGUUCUGUGAGGAUACUUCUCUACGUAAAAAGAUGCUAAUGGAGAGUGAGCAUAGGAGAACCAUCAAAACCAAAGCCUCAUUUCUGAAACGAGAUCUUGAUGCAAGACAUCGAAGUGACGCAUUCAGAUGCCAAUUCAACCUACCAUUCAUGGAAAAACUCGACGGCGACACGAACUGCCGACUGUUUACUCCAUACGACCGACGUCAUGUUCCUGGAAAAUUGUUUGUUUCAACGAACUUUGUUUGUUUUGCCAGCAGAACCGAGAGACUGGUGUCUAUUGUUGUGCCUCUGAUCGAAGUCACUUCUGUCGAAGAGUGUUCACCAGUAUCUGCUACUCUAACAACACAAGGAAUACUUCUCUGCCUUCGAAACAAAUCCACCGUAAUCUUCUCCGAUGUUCCGGAUCGAGACCGCGUUCUUUCAAAAAUUACGGUUUAUUUGGAACGGGGGAAAAUUGAAAGAACAAUGGAAAAGGCGAAGGCAGACACAGAAAAAAGCAGAAGCUCCACAUCAUCUUCAAGCUCUUCAUUCGAUAGCCUGACGUGGGACUAUCCACUAAUCGAAAAGUAUCCAUUUGGAGCAGACGCAUCCGACAAAUGCAGAGAGAAGUGGAAUAAAUAUUUGAAUGAGUACGGUAGUGGAGUAUGCAUGUAUCGAACUGUCGAGCUACACCGCCUGCUUCUGGAAGGAGUUCCUCUACAGCUCAGAGGUCAAAUCUGGAUGGUUUGUUCUGGAGCAGCUGCUGAAAUGGCACUCAAUCCCGGAUAUUAUCGGGAAUUGUUGCACAAAAAUCAAGGAGUGUACAGUGUUGCUCUUGAAGAAAUCGAGAGAGAUCUACACAGAAGUCUUCCUGAACAUCCAGCGUUUCAACAAGGACCAGGAAUUGGAGCACUUCGGCGAAUCUUGACUGCAUACGCGUACAGAAAUCCAAACAUUGGAUACUGUCAAGCAAUGAAUAUUGUUGGUUCAGUGCUUCUUCUAUUCACAAAAGAGGAAGAAGCAUUCUGGCUUUUAGUCGCCGUCUGUGAACGUCUUCUACCUGAUUACUACAAUACAAAAGUUGUCGGAGCAUUGGUCGACCAAGGAGUAUUUUCUGAACUUGUUGAACGUCUUCUUCCAUCGGUCGGAGCCCAGCUAACUCGUCUUGGACUGGAUGAUAUGGUGGCUCUUUCUUGGUUCCUCACUGUAUUCCUUUCUGCUAUAAAGUUUGAUGCUGCAGUACGGAUUCUCGAUUUAUUCUUUUUCGAAGGAGCAAGACUAAUGUUCCAAGUUGCUCUGGAGAUGCUGAAACAGAAUGAGAAACUCAUUUGCGAGUCGAAAGAUGACGGAGAGAUCCUGAUGAGUUUGGCUAAAUACACGGAAAGUAUCCAUGAAGGUGACAAUGUUAUCGAGAGAAAGCCAUCCGGGGUUACAAUUGGAACAACGAUUCUGUCAGAUUUGGAAGAAGCUGCAUCGACGGUGAUGAAUUUUAUGGGAACUGAAGGGACCAGAACGUUUCCAAAGAUGCCAAUCGGAGAGUUGCUAGGAAAUUCCUAUCAAAACUUUGGCUAUUGCUUCACCAAUGAGAAUAUAGAGACACUCCGCUUGAAGAAUCGGCUGAAAGUGGUACAGAAUUUAGAGGAUAAUCAAAUGAGAAGUAUCAUCAAAAGCAUCGGAAAGGAUUGCAAGUUUACGAAUGAGGAGUUGGAAGCACUGUAUAAUGUUGUGAAGGAAGAACAUCUACUAUCAUGGAGGCAUCGCCUGGGAGUAUCGGCUAGAGGUAAAAUGGCUGCAGUUACUGAAAGACCUCGACCUGAUCCAUGCGCCCAAUCACAAUAUAGAUUGGACUAUGAUCUAUUUUCGGAAAUUUUCCCACGACUUUUGCCUUGGCCUGUGACCAACAUCUUUGUGAUUCGAGUUUUCCGCCUUCUUGAUAUUUCCGACAACGGACUUCUUACCUUCCGCGACCUGGUCAUAAAUCUUUCGAUUCUUCUCCGAGGAGAAGCUACGGAAAAACUGGCACUAUUCUAUAAAUGUCACCUACCACCUGCGUUCAACAUGUCCGAUCUGGAUGGUCUGGAUCCAAUUGAAGAGAGCUCUCCGGAUCGGAAUGGGGCAGAACCAGAACUCGCUAUGGAGGCUACGGAUCUUUUAAGAUCUCCAAAAAUGGCGGCAGGUCAGGUGAAGAGAUCAUGCUCGGUAGAUAUCCCACGACAACCAUCUGAUCAGAAUCUGGGAGAUUCUUAUAAGACACGAUGCAGUACUUCGAGUGCUGUCAUGGUCCCUGCACAUAUGGAAGAACGAGCUUCUGACGCUGAAUCUUUGAUUGAUAUGAUUGCUGCCAAAUCUAUCGGAUCAUGUCCUUCCGAAACUGGUAUAGAUCGCAUUCAAGUAGCUGAUGUUGCUAGUGAGGAAUCCUAUUCGGUUGUUGACGAAUCGAUUGAAAAGAUGAAACAAUUGAGAGUUAAAACCAUUUCAUCACCUGAUUCAUCUACGAAAUUGGAAAUGAAGAUGCUUCCAGCGAUGAGCCAGAUUCAAUUUAUUCAGUUAUGGAAGACGUUCUACGAUAUGCUCAGUGGAAAAGAAACUGAGCAAUCGGUAUUCCACUCGUUGGCAGUUACGGGAACUCUUCUUUUGCAACUAGGAGAGACGCAUCGAGAGCUUCAAGCUAAGCUGGAAGCCCAGAUAGCGGAUGCUAUGCAGGAUUUGGAUGAAACUUUGAAACAGCCAGAUGGAGAUGAUGAGUUUGAAGAAGAUAGAAAGAUCGAUCCGAUUGAAGUUCAAAGAAAACGAAUUGGAGAUAUGCAGACUUGUUUCAGUAUGGCCGAUGAUGAAUGGCGAGUCAAUUUGGAACAGAUUUUGGCAUCGGUCAUCGCUGAAUCAACACUUUCUGACUUUUUCGAAAGAAAGUACUCAUUGGACGUUCUUAUCAAAAAGUACUACAAAACGAGAUUUUCGGAGAGUUCCAUCAACUAA